GUUCCUGCACUGUUUUCCCCAGCAGUAGUUUUUGAUCAUUCUAAGUUGUUUGCUGAUUUUGGAGGACAGCAUGAAGCUGCUCACCACCUUUCUCCUUGUGGGCCUUCUAGCUCUUUGGAUGGGAUUCCCCACCACAACCGGGAGUGACCUCCCAACAGACAAGCAGAGUCCAGAGAAACCGGGGGAGUGUCCAAUCGAUACUUGCAGAUGCAUUCCUCCUACAAUUUAUAUUUGCCGGACAGAUAAGGAAUGUAAAGGAAGGAUGAAGUGUUGUGAGAAUUGUUGUGUAAAGAAAUGUGUAGAUCCAAGGGUUCCCGGUUAAUGGGAGUGGUUUGAUGGUUCAAUGUAUUCAACAAUAUUUCAGCAUCUUUCUGAUCGCUUCAUAAGCCUGAAAAAUGUCUCUUGAACAAGAGAUGAGAAGAGCAAGAUAUCUGCCAUACUGCUUUACUCCUUGUUGUUUCAGGGAACUUUUCUUUCUGCCUGUUUUGCUGAAUGUCUCACUUUCUGUCUUACAGCUUGCUGUUAUAUACAUAUUUUCAAUGGAUAAUCAGUGGAUAAUGAAAAAUGAAUAAAACUAUAUGUGUUUUUCAUUACAAUGCCCAUGAUUACAUCUCUAU